CAAGUUUUUCUCUUGGAGUUGGGUGGAAGGUUUCUUAAACCUCAACGACCUCGCUCCAGAGUCUACAGGAAUACAACACCUUCCAUGGAAGCUCUCAUGGGUUCUAUCAAAUUCCAUAUUCCUCAACUGGGUUUCAAGCAAAACCACCCAGAACCCCACCUACGCUAUCAUUUGGCGUUACCUUCUUCUUCUUCAACCCCAAGCCACAUCGUCUGUGGCCUCAGAGGGGGACCAAGAAAGCCUUUAUGGAGGUCAAGGGUGCUCUCAAUUGAAGCCAUUCAGGCAGUUCAGUCUCUAAAGCUUUCCAAAUCAAACCCAUCAAAGCUCGAGCAGGUUAUGGGCGGUAGGCUCUCCAGGCUCUUGAAAGCUGACUUGUUAGACGCCUUGGCUGAGUUGCAGAGACAAAAUGAAGUGGAAUUAGCGCUCAAGGUCUUCAAAUUUGUGCGGGAGGAAGUAUGGUAUAAGCCAGAUCUAUCAUUAUACUGUAGCAUGAUCCUAUUGUUGGGAAAGAACAAACUGAUUGAAAUGGCUGAAGAGCUUUUCUCUGGAUUAAAGGAAGAAGGAUUAGAAUAUGACACAAGGGCUUUUACUGAGAUGAUUGGAGCUUAUAUACAAGUGGGUAUGACAGAAAAGGCAAUGGAAACGUAUGAGUUGAUGAAGGCAUCAGGUUGUGCGCCAGAUAAAUUAACGUUUACAAUAUUGAUUAGAAACCUUGAGAAGGUUGGAGAAGAAGAAUUGGCGGCUCACGUAAAGAAAGAUUGUGCUGAAUAUGUAGAUUCUCCUGAGAAAUUCUUUGAAGAAGUUGAAAGAAAACAUAGGACGAGAUCACUCAAUCUUGUUUGACAAUUUCCCGCUCUUGGGACUGCAAAUAUAGGGUCUGUUGACAGUGUUAUUACCAGUACGAAAAGAUGAUAGACAGAAAGAUGGUAGGUCAGUCACUCGCUCGUGUGCGUGUGGACGAAUUCCUAGUCGUUGAUGCAUUUUGGACGACUGACCUUAGUAAUGGUCAUGUGAGGAACUAGAGAAAAUGGUUUAACAAAUUGUUUUUUGUAAUUUAUCAUAAAGCAGCAUGUUCAGAAGCCUUUUUCGGCCUAUUGGGUUCGUAUUAGGGAAAAUUGAUUUAUAACCUCCUA